AGUUGUGUCCCGGCAUUUUCGUCGCGUGCAAAAACAAAAAUUUCGCGACAUCAAUUAAAUUUAAGGAAAACAAAUAUAAAUCGUAGUUAAUUAGUCAUGGCCGAUAGCCCAUUCCAGCCACGACGCAGCACUCUGCUGCGUCCGCCUCUAAACAGCACAACUAACUCAAAUGCACACAAUUUAUCCAUAACUUUGUUGCCAGAAGAACAAGAAAUGCUGAGCAACACGAGCGCCACGGCUUUAGGACUACUAAGUCGUCUGCACCAUCGCGCCAACACCACUAUUAAUGCCAACGAUGUGAGCAACUUAAGUAUGGCGGACUCAUCGCUCAUGCCGGACAACAUGGAUGAUGAUGCGGAUCGUGGACGCAGCAAGACGGAUAUGUUGUUUGUGCAGUUCUUUGAAGUGCUCCAAUCGCAUAGUAAUGAUACAAACACGUUAGAUGUGAUUCAGCAGCUAUUGCAGGCAUGUCGCCAGGCAGUGGAGCAGCUGGAACAGGAGAUUGAACGCGGUGUGGGCGGUGCCCAAGGCAGCAAACAGCGCGAGGCGAGCAUAGAGUGGCUGAAGCUGGAAAUAAACACCUGGUGUUUGCUACAUGCGCUAUACUAUGACCGCAUUCUUAUGCAGACGCAGCCAGAUGAGGAAAUGCUGGAUGGACCAUCGCUUGGAGCCAGCGAAAAGGAGGUUAUACAGCAGCUGUACGCCGCGAAUGCGCAACUGCGUGAAUAUCAGUUGGUGGUGGAUUGGCUGGAGAAGUCUUAUGACCAGGACGCACAGACUAAAGCUUUGUAUAGCCAUGAUCGCAUGAUGGCCUGGGAGAACACACUCUUUCAGCUAGAGAAUCUACAGGGCGCUGCCUUUGGCCGUGGGCAUGAGAUAUGCAAGCAGCUAGAUCCCGAUGCGCCAGUGCGUGAGGGCAAGCCGCUGCAUGCGUUGGAUAUGGAGGAUAAUCAGCGCCUGGGACGUGCCAUAUUUGCUGGAGUACGCAAUGGUCAGAUCGACAAGGCAUUGAAGCUGUGCAAGCACUAUGGCCAAACCUGGCGUGCGGCUAUUCUCGAAGGGUGGCGUUUGUACGAGGAUCCCAACUACGAACAGGAUGUGGCUGACACAGAAAAGCACGAGAAACUGCCCAUUGAGGGCAAUCCCAGACGCGAUGUGUGGAAGCGUUGCGCCUGGAUGUUGGCCGACUCCAAGAAAUAUGAUGAAUACACGCGUGCAACGGCAGGCAUGUUCUGUGGUCAUCUGGAUGCGCUCAAGUGCCUGCUAAGCAGCAGCUGGCAGGAUUCCCUGUGGGCACAUCUCAAAGUGCAGAUUGACAUACGCGUGGAGAGUGAAAUACGUAGUAACUGCCUGAAACGCUACCACCCCAUGCCAGAUGAGUAUUGGAAUGGCAAGAUGACGCUGGAGCAGAUAUUCGAUGAGCUAACCGUGGCCAAGGAUGUUGCUGUGCGUGACUACGCACAAAGCCAGCUGGGUGUCAUACAGCAGCAUAUAAUCUUGGACUCUUGCGGAGAAUUGUUGCAGCACAUGUGCCGCUGGCUGGAUGCGGCGCCCAAAGAUGCAACGCCGGUGUCUCCGCAUCAGCUGCGGAUUAUGGCACAUAUUGUGUUGUUUAUGCGUGAGAUUGGACGCAUGGACCAACAGCCACAGCAGCAGCAGCAGGCCGAACGCAUUGUGGCCGCCUACGUGGAGGUUCUCAUUCAACGGGGCGAGCCACAGCCCAUAGCUUACUAUGCCGCCGGGUUGCCCAACAAGUUGCAGGUGCAGCUUUAUGCCAAGUAUCUCAUGCAGCUGGAUCAGAAGCGUCCACGUGAAUUGGCGCUGGAGGCAGCGCUUCAUGCUGGUCUGGAUGUGGAGCAAAUUACAAAGCAUGCAGUGGAGAGCAUACGCUUGGGCAACUCACCGCCCAGCGCUUUGGGCGAACCACAGACUGGCAAGAUUUCAGCCACAGACAAGCGCAGGAUUCAGGCGCUGGAGUAUCUUACGCAUCUCACCGAGCAGCGUGGGGAGCUACUCUGGCAGGCGAAUGCCAUGAUGCGUGUGUAUUUGGCCAGCAAAAAGCUUGAGUGUGUGCGUCAGGUUUUUGCCAUGGUGCCAAGCGAUGUGCCCACCCAGUUGAUAAGCAUUUAUGGCAGCUUGGAACAUUUGCCGCCACGCGAGGAAUGCAGUCUCAAGGAGUAUCUCUGCUACAAGAUCUACUUAGCUGGUGUUGAUCGCUUCAAUGACUGGCUGCGUCUGCAACAGAAGCGUCCUCAACCACCGCAAGCGCAAACACGCAAGACGAUGAGUGGUCAAGAUAAGUUCACGGAGCGCAUGAACGAGCAGCACAAAGAGCAGACAUAUCGCAACGAACUAGCACGCUGGGAGCAGCUGGUCGCAGAGCAGUCCAAGCUUACUAUUGAUGCUUUGUACAAUGUGUUGCUAUUUCCGGAAAAGGGUUGGCUAACGGAUCCUUUUACCGCUAAGCAGCCGGAGAAUGCAGCUGGGUUAAACUGGGAUCACAGAAAGCUGCAAAUGGAGAAAUUACGCUCGAUUUGUUUGCCGGAAAUGGCGCUGUUGCUGCACGAGGUCAUGAUGAAGUCCGGCGACUAUGCCAGCUGCGUGCGCUUGGCGGAUGAAAUUGCUGACGAGCGGCGUCAGCUGUACAAGGUGUACACCAAACAUAAUAUUGCUGAGCUGUUGUCCAAAAUUGCCGAGUCAUCGUUAGAACUGCUCAACACUAAGGUCGAUCCCUGGGGCUAUGCUAUUACUGCGUAAGCAAGGCUCCACAUAAUAAUUAUAUAUGUAAACAUUUAUUAGAUUUGUGUGUAAUUUUAAACAUUUAUUACGAAGUCAUAACUUAUACAUAGUAUUUCUAAGGGGAACGCAGCAGAGCGUGUUGGAUGGGCUUAAGAUUGGAACAA